CAUCUAUUUUCUUAUAUAGAGAAACCCUCAAGACUCCCAGAAAAAACCCCUCUUACAUUCUUUCGUCAUCGCGUCUCCGCUAUGAAGCGUUGAAUUCUCUCGAGCGCAUCUCCUCCAGGGUUGUUGAAGUCUGGAUCUAGGAAAUAGUUUGUAGUGGUGAAGGACUUGGUGGAUGAGAGCGAGAUGAUCGGGAGGAAGAGCAUUGGGCGGGCGUCUCCGCUCUUGCUGAUUCUCGUGGCGUUGGCAUCCUUCUUGGUGACCUACAACCUUGUAAUCUUGGUUAUUCAUAACCGGCCGAGGGAGGAGCAGACCCCGUUGGUUGACGAUCCUGUAAUUCAGAUGCCCACCGAUCUGAAAAGAUCUGGGCGAACGAGAAGGCCUUUCCAUGUGGCUGUCACGGCGACGGAUGCGCCUUACAGCAAGUGGCAGUGCCGGAUAAUGUAUUAUUGGUAUAAGAAUAUGAAGGACAAGAAGGGUUCGGAGAUGGGUGGUUUCACAAGAAUUUUGCACUCUGGGAAGCCCGAUAAUCUAAUGGAUGAGAUCCCUACCUUUGUUGUUGAUCCUCUUCCUGCUGGAAUGGAUCAGGGUUACAUUGUAUUGAAUAGACCGUGGGCUUUUGUUCAAUGGCUAGAAAAAGCAACAAUUGAAGAGGAUUACAUACUAAUGGCAGAACCAGAUCACGUCUUUGUUAAACCUUUGCCUAACUUGGCUCGUAGAAGUUAUCCAACAGGUUUCCCAUUUUUUUACAUCAAACCGUCUGAGCAUGAAAAGUUACUAAGGAAGUUUUUCCCUGAAGAGAAGGGUCCUGUGACAAAUAUUGACCCUAUUGGUAAUUCUCCUGUCAUUAUUCAAAAGUCCCAAUUGGAAAAAAUUGCUCCUACUUGGAUGAAUGUCUCUCUGAGGAUGAAAGAUGAUAAAGAGACUGACAAAGCUUUUGGAUGGGUACUAGAAAUGUAUGGAUAUGCUGUUGCCAGUGCAUUACAUGGAGUGCAACAUAUUCUUCGUAAAGAUUUUAUGAUACAGCCUCCUUGGGAUUUGAAAUUGGGGAACACAUAUAUCAUUCACUAUACAUAUGGAUGUGACUAUUCUUUAAAGGGUGAUCUAACAUAUGGAAAAAUUGGUGAAUGGCGCUUUGACAAAAGAUCAUACCUUCGUGGUCCACCACCAAGAAACCUCUCUUUGCCACCUCCAGGAGUUCCUGAAAGUGUGUGAUGAAACCAGAACAAAUUGCUCAACUAGAUGCUUCACUGAUUUGGUGCAGGUUACACUUGUAAAGAUGGUAAAUGAAGCGACUACUAACAUCCCCGGAUGGGACGACUAAAGAUAACUCUCACUUUGAAGGAUACUGCACUAGGGAAACUACUUGUGUGGUUUCGGUCAGAUACUGCAUUCUGCAAGUAAGAAUUAUAGAAGCCACAGAAUACAUGUUUAGGGGAGGUGGAGGGUGCACAGCAUUUUUAUUUUUAUAUUUUAUUUUUGGUGUUAAAGUAAACCUUUUUCUGUGAGAUAUUUGAUGGUGUUUUUUUUUUCUGUUCUCUUUAUUUGCCUGCGACAGGCUUGUCUUGCAAUGUAGGUUAUGUUGACGUAGAUGCUAAGUAGGGUUAAAACUUAUUUUCA